UUGUUUGACGGUCUGGAUCGACGUUUCGAGGAAAGAGCAAACAUCAGAAACGAAGACAGUGAGUGCGUGACGGACAACAACAUUAAUUCCCAUCAUCUAUAUAUACAUAUAUCCCACGCAGCAGAGGGAAAUAAAAGUGAUGAAAACAGACCAAUAAUAAUAAUAAUAAUAAAAGACCAACUCCUUGGCUUGGCGCAUCUUUAUUCCCUCACUUCUAUAAAUCGUUCGAUCGUUAAUUCCUCGCACGAGCUUGUGUCCGUCGUCAAACCAUGGAGAAUAUUGGUGAGGAUCAGUACGGCUACUUGCCGGAGACCGACCUGUUUUUCCCAAACGAAGACCUUGGCAGCUGGGCAAUAAUGGAUGGGGAAGCGGUCUCAUGGUACUAUGAUUCAAGCUCCCCGGACGGCACCGGUGCUUCUUCAUCGGUGGCAUCUAAGAACAUUGUCUCCGAGAGGAAUAGAAGGAAGAAGCUCAACGAUAGGCUUUUGGCACUUAGAGCAGUGGUCCCCAACAUUACCAAGAUGGAUAAGGCUUCUAUCAUUAAGGAUGCUAUAGAGUACAUCCAGCACUUGCAUGAACAAGAGAAGAGAAUCCAAGCUGAGAUUUUGGAUCUAGAAUCUAGGAAUAAGUUCAAAAAUCCAACCUAUGAAUUUGACCAGGACCUCCCUAUUCUGCUCAGGUCUAAGAAGAAGAAAACAGAACACCUAUUUGAUUCUCUCAGUUCAAGAAAUUCCCCAUCAAUUGAAAUAAUUGAGCUGAGGGUAACAUACAUGAGAGAGAAGACGUUUGUGGUGAACUUGACAUGUAGUAAAAGGACAGACACAAUGGUAAAACUGUGUGAGGUGUUCGAAUCUUUAAAGCUCAAAGUCAUUGCGGCCAAUAUCACAUCUUUUUCAGGCACGCUUUUGAAGAAGACAGCCUUCAUCGAGGCAGAUGAAAAAGAGGAAGACUUUUUGAAGAUAAAAAUUCAGACAGCGAUUUCAGCUCUCAAUGAUCCUCAAAGCCCAAUGAGCAUCUGAUGAAGUUCAGAUCGAAGCUGAGAUUGUUCGGUUGUUGAGUUUCUUUUUCCCACUCACUGUUAAUUAUCUUUAGUGAAUGAGUCUUCAACUCCAAAGUUUGCAAGUUUUCUUCUUUUUCAUUUCCUGUAUGUUGAUAGCCUCUAACGUUGUAAGCUUUACGUUGCCUGCAAUUAAUGAAAUCGAAUUUUCAUGUUCUUCCUGGUAAAAA